UCCUACUGUGCGGCGAUACACCGCCUUCUCAAGCAUUACCGACAUGAAGACUUUUUUAUGUGUUUUGGCGUUAGCAGUUGCGUCAUGCAAGGCUGGGUAUGAAGCAAGCGAGUUUUCAAGCAGUGGGGCGGGAGAUCACGGCGGGUACGACGGGAACUCUGGAGGAGGUCACAACUUUGUCCCUAUAACUGGCGGAGGACAAGACCAUACCCUUGCGCUCACCCAAGGAUCGGGACACGAUUUAUCUGGAGGUCAAUUAAGCCAUGACGAAGGAAAUAACCUAGGCGGCCACGAAGCUUUCGGAGGUCACGGUGGGGGAUCCUUUGGUGGUCAGAGUUUUGGAGGUGAUUCCUAUCUACAAGCGGCACAUGAUCUAGGCAGUCAUGGCGCUGGAUUGGCUGAAUUGGGAGGACAUAGCGGUGGAUUCGGUGGCAAUGGAGGCGGGCAAGUUGGACAUGUAGGCCAAUUCGUUGCUCAAGGAGGCCAUGGAGGUUUUAAUGGCGGUUUCGAUGAGCACGAAGGAAAUUCGGGUGGACACGGAGGUCAAUUCGACGGCCAUGGCGGACAAGUUCAAACUUUCGUCCUUCAGGAUGGUGGACACGAAUUUGGUGAUCAAAGUCACGGUUUCGGAGGUUCUGGUUUCGAAGGUCAAGGCUAUGAUGGUCAUUCUCAAGCUAUACCAGUUGGCGAGCAUGUUGACGAAGAACAUCCAGUAGCGGUACCUCUGUACAAACAUGUCACUUACCCUAUUCACAAGCCAAUACAUGUCAAUGUGCCAAAGCCAAUCUUAGUGGGGGUCCCACAGCCAUACCCUGUAAAGGUACCAGUGAACAAGCCUGUGGCUGUGCCUGUUGAGACUGAAAUAUCGAUUCCAAUUGAGAAGGUUGUGCCCUACCCUGUUGUGAAGCACGUUCCUUACCCCGUCGAAAAGCACGUACCUAUUAAAGUAGAGAAGACUGUCACCGUCCAUGUACCUCAGCCCUACCCAGUUAAAAUUCCCGUCUACAAAACGAUCCAUCAUCAUAAAGGUCACUACUAAGGCCUUGAUGUAGCAACUCGUGUGAUGGUUUAUGUGUGCGUAAAUUUGUGUUUGUUUGCUUGUGCCUUGUAAAUAUUGUUAUCUAAUUUUAAGUCAUUUUCAACUGUCUUCAUGUUGUAGUUGAUUUAUUUAUUGUGUGGAUUUAGUUAUAAAAUGUUUGUUGAAUAUACGAAAUUGUUACCUGUUGAUACCUUUAUUUCAAUC